AUGUCUAAGGACACCAAACAGAACCAGGCCACCCAGUCACCUAGCGCCGAUAAAUCGCAGGAUGCUUCUUCACAAUACUACCUGUCCAAACCAGCCCACAGUCUCACCUCUGAUGCUGUUCUCCAAGAGCUAGAGACGAACCUGGAGGAUGGUCUCAAUGAAAGCGACGUCCAGCAGCGAAUUGAAAAAUAUGGUGAAAAUGUAUUGGAGGGAGAUGAAGGCAUCUCCAUUGCCAAAAUUUUCAUUCGACAAAUCGCCAAUGCGAUGAUUCUGAUCCUUAUCAUUGCCAUGGCCGUUAGUUUCGGUAUUCAAUCCUGGAUCGAAGGUGGUUUUAUUACUGCAGUCAUCGUCCUCAAUGUGGUUGUGGGUGUGUACCAAGACUUUGCGGCGGAAAAGACUAUGGAUUCACUGCGAAGCUUGAGCUCUCCCACCGGUGUGGUCACUCGUGAUGGCAAGACAACUACUGUCCCGGCUAAGGAAAUUGUCCCUGGUGACAUGGUCGAGCUGAAAGUUGGGGAUACUGUUCCUGCUGAUGUCCGAUUGACCGAGGCGUUCAACUUCGAAACCGACGAGGCUCUUUUGACUGGUGAAUCGCUCCCUGUCCAGAAAGAAGCCGACCAAGUGUAUGACGUCGACACUGGCCCCGGAGAUCGUCUCAACAUCGCCUACAGCUCCUCUACAGUGACGCGGGGUCGUGGUAGAGGUAUUGUCAUUGGCACUGGAAUGCGCACCGAGAUCGGCGCUAUCGCCGCUGCUCUUCGGGGUGGUGACUCGAGACGGCGCCCAGUCAAGCGCGGCCCUGGUGGUGAAACUAAGAAACGUUGGUACGUUCAAGCCUGGACCUUGACCACCACGGAUGCCAUCGGUCGAUUCCUGGGAACCAAUGUUGGAACACCACUGCAGCGAAAGCUUUCUAAGCUCGCCCUGCUUCUCUUCUUCAUUGCCAUCAUUUGUGCGGUCAUCGUGGCAGGUGCCAACGAUUGGCGCGGCGAUAAAGAGGUCAUCAUCUAUGCAGUUGCAACUGGACUUUCGAUGAUUCCUGCCUGUCUGGUCGUCGUACUGACCAUCACUAUGGCCGUGGGCACGAAACAAAUGGUGAAAAGACAUGUCAUCGUCAGAAAGCUGGACUCGUUGGAGGCUUUGGGAGCUGUGACCAACAUCUGCUCGGACAAGACAGGUACUUUGACUCAAGGACGUAUGGUUGCCAGAAGAGUCUGGAUUCCAUCACAAGGAACAUACUCGGUUGGAUCAUCAAACAAUCCUCUCGACCCUUACGAGGGAGAACUCAGUCUGAGCCGAGAGUCACCCCACAAGAUGGGUUCCGAUUCAGCUGGUGAAGCCAGCAAGCCCGAGGACUUGGUCAAGGAUAAUGAGCAUCUGCAAGCCUUCCUCAACGUUGCUGCUUUGGCCAACCUUGCUCACAUCCAUAAAGACUCAAAUAAUGAGUGGCAAGCUCGCGGCGAGCCCACCGAUAUCGCCAUUCAGGUAUUUGCCUCUCGCUUCAACUGGGGUGCUGAUCGCUUGAAUAAGGGCGACAAGCCUGCCUGGAUUCAGAAGGCCGAGUAUCCCUUUGACUCUAGCGUCAAGAAGAUGUCUGUGGUUUAUGCCAAGCGAAGCGAAAACUCGGAGAGUUCUCGAGAGAUGGUGUUCACAAAGGGCGCUGUCGAACGAGUGAUUGACUCCUGUACUUCCAUUACAUGGGAAGAUGGCCAGUCGGUCCCCAUAAGCGAUGACAUCCGCAACCAAAUCAUGCUGAACGUGGAAUCCCUAGCAAACGAGGGUCUUCGAGUUCUUUGUCUCGCAGGACGGGAACACAAUCCUCCUGCGAAUUCGACUGGCGAGCCUCUCCCCCGUGAAGAAAUUGAGAAGGAUUUGUCGUUCUACGGAUUGAUUGGCCUUUACGACCCUCCUCGUCCGGAGACUGCUGGAGCCAUCGAAAAGUGCUACAAAGCCGGAAUCUCGGUCCACAUGGUGACUGGUGAUCACCCCGGAACCGCGCGGGCUAUCGCAAUUCAGAUCGGUAUUCUUCCACCAAGCAUGGAUAUGCUGGCCAAGGAUGUGGCCGACGCGAUGGUCAUGACCGCAAGUCAGUUUGACAAGUUGUCCGAGGGUGAGAUCGAUGCUCUGCCGACUCUGCCCCUUGUCAUCGCUCGAUGCGCACCAAACACAAAGGUUCGCAUGAUUGACGCGCUACACCGUCGUGGCUGCUAUGUUGCAAUGACAGGAGAUGGAGUGAAUGACUCCCCCUCACUGAAGAGAGCCGAUGUAGGCAUUGCCAUGGGUCAAAAUGGAUCCGACGUGGCCAAGGAUGCUUCCGAACUCGUUUUGACCGACGACAACUUCGCAUCUAUUAUCAAUGGCAUUUCCGAGGGUCGCCGUAUCUUUGACAAUAUUCAGAAAUUCGUUCUGCACUUGCUUGCCGAGAACGUUGCUCUUGCUCUCACGCUGCUGAUUGGUUUGGUCUUCAAGGAUGAUUCCAACCAAUCCGUCUUUCCUAUCUCACCGGUCGAGAUCAUCUGGAUUGUGAUGGUCACCUCUGGUCUACCAGAUAUGGGCUUGGGUAUGGAGCAAGCUGCUCCCGAAGUGAUGGAUCGACCACCGCAAAGUAUCUUCACCUGGGAGAUCAUCAUCGACACCUUUGUUUACGGCGUGUGGAUGGCUGCUCUGUGUCUCUCUGCCUUUUCCCUUGUCAUGUUCCGCUGGGGCGAUGGCAACCUGGGCACGGGCUGUAACACCGAAUACAACGACCCAAACAAACCAUAUACUUGCGACACAGUCUUCCGUGCCCGUGCCACGACCUUCACCUGCAUGACCUGGUUUGCUCUCUUCCUCGCCUGGGAAAUGAUGAACCUCCGCCGAAGCUUCUUCCGCAUGAAGCCCGAUUCCAAGCGUUACUUCACGCAGUGGAUGUAUGACAUCUGGGCCAAUCGCUUUUUGUUUUUCGGUAUUAUGGCCGGCUUCGUACUUGCGUUCCCUAUUCUGUAUAUUCCCGUGAUCAACCGCCAAGUGUUCAAGCACUCAGCUAUUUCCUGGGAAUGGGGCGUUGUCUUCGUUGAGACAGUGCUUUUCUUUGCAGGCAUUGAGUUCUGGAAGUGGUGCAAGCGCGCUUUCUUCCGUCGACAGGCACACAAGCAGCAGACUCAAAACCGGGACGUUCGCGCAGGUGAACACCGGGCGCUCCGGGACUUCAGUCGCUACACUACCAUGGAUCGAUCGGAGACGUCCGCUGGUGGAGAAGAAAAGGUCGAGAAGUCGAUGGUUUAA